GUGGAUAAUCGAUGCGUUGAAACGCUCUUGUCGACGCUCGCAAACGCGAUAGAAGUUCGAACAUUUACGUCGCUCGUUCUUCACGAUGAACUCUAUAGUCGGCGAUUUCAGACUAUAUCGGGACACGCGAUGACGACCGUGUUCGCGCCGAAAGACAUAGCCUGGUACCAUCGAAACUUGACGACUCCCGCUCGCGCGACCGCAGCAGAGCGCUCCGAUAUCAUCGCGGCGCACGUGGUAAUGAGCUCUUCCAAUCAUGCGCUUCGACAUGGUCAGCGCCUAAUCACCGAUUUGGGCGUCAAAGAGGUAAUGGUGAGUGCGUCUUCUGACACUGUUGCACACUCGCUUGUCGCAAUCGAAACGGGACGUCGUCGGAUCGUGCUCGGCGGAUUUCCGGUGAAAGAGACGCGUUGUAGAGUGUACGGUACCGCAACGUUUUUUUGGAAAGAGUGUCUACCAUCCAUGUACACGGAAAUAAUCGUAAAAUCGUCGGAUGCCCGACUAGGCGUGGAGAGCAAAUUUUCGCGCGCUGAGCAAUCGAUAGGACCUAUAUUUGCCUCACUCGAGAGCCGCGCUGAUGGAGACGACGCGUUCUCGGAGGAAGACUUGGAUUUCGAAGAAGAGUACGUGCGCGCGCUACUGUUUGACGAAAUCAUAGCGCCGUCGUCGUCAUCGUCGUCAUCGUCGUCCGCAUUCGCGUCGAACUCGAACGUGCACGGCGCUAUCGUGGAUUCUGCUAGAAGAUCAUCCAACGGAAUCGUACUCAUCGUGGAUGGAACCUUGUUUCCGAGAAGACUUGACAGAGUGCCUGCGCCGCAGGCAAACGGUUCGAGCUCGCCGAUUCCAUCGCGUCCACCGCCGACGCCGACGCCACAAUUUUUGUCUCCACCGUCACCACCAGCUCAAAGACCACCGCCACCAAUCCUUGGUUCAUUCAAUCCAAUAUAUUGGCAAACACGCCCGCCGCCUCCGUCCGCAACUGCUGGAAGUGCGCGCGAGCCGCCGCCGUCACCACCUCCUUCAAAAGGCUCGUGCCUCGCGGUGCUUCCAAAUAUUUGCGGGCUGUGUGAUUUCACGGACGACGCCGCACCGUGCUGCUGUGACAGUGAGUGCGCGCAAACUGGAGAUUGUUGUUCGGACUAUGCCGUGGUCUGCCUGUCGUAG